AUGUGUGGUAUCUUCGCUGCCCACGGCCUGGAAAAGCCCUCUCAAGACAGAGCUCGCUGCAUUGCUCUCGCUAAACGUCUCCGACACCGAGGGCCAGAUUGGUCGGGUUGCUAUGUCGGCCAACAGAGCGUCCUCGUACACGAACGAUUGGCCAUUGUCGGUGUUGAAUCCGGCGCUCAACCCCUCGUUAGCGAGGAUGGCAAGCAGAUACUGGCCGUCAAUGGUGAAAUUUACAACCAUGUUGCCCUGCGGGAACACGUUGGAAGGGAUAUCAAGUUCAAAACCAACUCUGACUGCGAAGUCGUCUUGCCCCUGUACAAGAAGUAUGGAACCGAGCUCUGCGGUAUGCUCGAUGGGAUGUUCUCCUUCGUAUUGUUGGAUGAAUCCGUCACGCCCUCCCGAAUUAUUGCCGCCCGGGACCCAAUCGGCAUAACCACGUUGUACCAAGGCUGGAGUUCGCAAAGGCCCGGAGCUGUCUUCUUCGCAUCCGAACUCAAGGCUCUCGUCGACGACUGCGACGAGAUCAUCUCCUUCCCCCCUGGCCAUGUCUACGACAGUGCAGAUAAAACCACCACUCGCUACUACAAACCAUCUUGGUGGAACGGAGACCUUGAUGGUCCCGAGGCCACCAUUCCCACCACCAAAGCAGAUCUCACGUUGAUCCGGGAAACUCUUGAAGCGGCUGUGAGGAAGCGGCUGAUGUCAGAAGUUCCUUACGGCGUGCUGUUGAGCGGUGGUUUGGACAGCAGUUUGAUUGCUGCUGUUGCUGCUCGCGAGACCGAGAAGGUUGCCAAAGCUCAGUAUGAACUCCGCCAGAGGAAACUACAGGAGGCAAGCAGCGGUCCUCCUUCACCCUCCGGCAGCGGCCUGGUUACCGAGGAAGCGACCUUGGCUGCUUGGCCACAACUUCACUCGUUCUCCAUCGGUUUGGAGAACUCCCCCGACCUUCUCGCUGCCCGAAAAGCUGCCCACUUCCUGGGUACCGUCCACCAUGAAUACGUUUUCACCGUCCAGGAGGGAUUAGACGCACUACCUGAAGUCAUCUACCACCUCGAAACCUAUGAUGUCACCACCGUCCGCGCCUCGACGCCAAUGUACCUCCUCAGCCGUAAGAUUAAGGCCAUGGGCGUCAAGAUGGUGUUAAGUGGUGAAGGAAGUGAUGAGAUCUUUGGCGGUUACCUUUACUUCCACGCCGCCCCAGAUGCUCGAUCGACGAUGGCGUGGGGCCUGGAGGCUCGUGUCCCCUUCCUGGACAAGGCCUUCCUUGACGUUGCCAUGAACGUUGAUCCAAAGGAGAAGAUGUUCUCCAAGGGUAGCACACAAGAAGUCGAUGAGGAUGGUUGCCCUCGAAUGGAGAAGUACAUCUUGAGGAAGGCAUUCGAUUGUUCCCCCGAUGGCAAGCCUUACCUCCCCCGGUCGAUUCUCUGGAGACAAAAGGAACAAUUCUCUGAUGGCGUGGGAUACUCGUGGAUCGACGGAAUGAAGCAGCAUGCGGAAGACACUAUCACAGACGAACAGUUCGCCAAGGGCGCUGAGAGAUGGCCAGAAGAUACCCCUGCCACCAAAGAGGCCUACCUCAUCCGACAAAUCUUUGAUGAUUUGUUCCCUUCCCCGGCUGCAGCCAAGACAGCUGUCAGAUGGAUCCCUCGAGGAGAUUGGGGCUGCUCCUCCGAUCCCAGUGGCCGCAGCGUCAGCAUUCACAACGCUGCCUACUCUGUCGAUGACUAAAAUCCGCUAUAACAUUUCAUACUGCUACAAUUUGUAUACCUAUCUAAUUGAAGGAAUAAGUCAACAUGGAAAAGAGAAAGGGAUUAGGGAGAGUGGGUUCACAAUAGUGGGAGGAAGAGUAUUAAUGUGGAAUCAGACGCAGCUACUGGAUUUUGAACACAGAGAAAGCAGCAAGAUUAAAGAGCGAUUGAUAAGGCCCAGAACGAAAGCGAGAAUUAUGGUUCUGGUAUCCCAAAAAGAGCAAAAGAGACAGAAAUCAUGAGAGCCGUAGAGAAUGUAUGCGUAUCAUAAUCGAGAAACGUGAAGGAAAAUCAUAAAAAAAGGAAGGGAAGGGUAUUAGGUGAUACGAGAUGAGGCAGUGGAUAUCUGAGGUAUAGCGUAGUUUGAGGGGGAAAAGACUCGAUAUUCGACGCGGAGAAGUAACAUGAUAACGAGAGCAAAGAGAGCUGAUAUGUUUAGAAGCGAGAGCGAAUACGUCUGUUGGCCAUGGCAUGGCUUCAGGCGUUAGUUGCUCAAGGAAGGGUCUUGAGCAAGCAUCUGUCGAUAGAGGCCUACUCCAGAAUCUUCCGAGGGCGCAGGUGACUUGACAGGUACUGGCGUCUGGGUGCUGGUGUUCGUAUUGUUCACAGUGGUCGCCCUGCUAGCCUGUGACACGUUGCGAACACGUCUCACGACAGCAUUCGGAGGAAGCGUCCUCGUGCUCGUGUCCCAAGCAGGCCGAGUAACGGUCGACUUCGCAUAGUUCGGACCUUCAUCCGCCGAGUGUGCAGCGGUGCUUGUCCCAGGACGUCGAGAAACGGGUGUUGUCGUUCCUGGUCGGCGGCUUGCGGGACGACCAUGGCUAGACCCAUCAGAAACGAG